UGAACCCUAAACCCUGUACUGUUGUACAUUACUUACUGCCCAAAUUGAAGAAUCCAUACUUUGCUUUCUUCGUAAUUGAUUGAUUGAUAUCUAUCUCUCCCAUGACCGGUUUCCACAAGCUUCGAAGCCUCAAUUCUCUCUCUCUCAAGCUCUGCCGCCGCUCGGAUAUUUACGGUACAUCGUCGGAACCUCAACUCUACGUGAAUGGGCUGCGCCACACUUGGCACUUCAUUAGGCUUUUCCGCGCACAGAGGGCGGAUACUCCUGAAUUCGAGGGGAAUCGUUGCGAGCUACCGAAGAAGUCAGUACUGGCUACGAAACACGAAGCACAGGCAGCUUUUAUGGAGUACCUGCACACCACUCGGAAUCUGAGGUUCACAGAUGCUGAAAACAUGAGUAAGAACGCCUCAGAUUUUCUGGAUGGAUUGUUGCAGAGGGUGGAAAUUGAUGCCGGUGAUGUUGGCGGAUCGCUGGCGCGUUUCUUGAGGUACCAUCCUGUUAAUGAAUUCGAGCCAUUCUUCGAAAGCAUUGGUUUGAAACCAUCCGAGUAUGCUUCAUUCCUUCCACGCAACUUGAUGUUUCUAAACGACGAUCAGUUUCUAUUGCAGAACUAUUAUACAUUGUGUAAUUAUGGAGUUCGUAGGGAUAAAAUCGGGCGUAUCUAUAAGGAAGCCAGGGACCUUUUCCGGCACGAUUCUAGCAUUUUAAAGUCGAGGCUUGGAUCAUUCGAGCUCCUCGGAUUAGAACAGUUUCUUGUUGCGAAGAUUAUUACUUCGAGUCCUUAUCUUCUGAGGGGAGAUUCCAAUAAGGAAUUCCUUGAGUUUCUUGAAAAGUUGAAGAACAUAGGGAUUGGGUAUGAUUGGCUUGCAGAGCAUAUACACGAAGGGUCUUCCUACAGCUGGAAAUGCAUGCUUGAGCUCAUGUGUUUGUUAACUAAGAUGGGUUUGAACGAGGACAAAGUGGGAGAAGUAAUUAUACGACAUCCUGGGCUUUUGUUUGAGGGAUCUGGACGAUUUGCCAACCGCAUAGUUGGGAUGUUGUUGAAAUUUGGCUCCACACAAAGUGAUAUACAGACUAUGUUUCUUCAAUUCCCAGAUUUAUCUGCUGCAAAGUUUGUGAACAAUUUAGGUCGGUGCUAUAAGCUCUUGGUGAAGAUAAGGAUGCCGGUAGAAGAUAUUGGUUGGAUAUUUCGCUCGUACCCACUAUUGUUGGGUUCUUGUGAAGUCAGAGAGUUCCACAGCAUGAGGUGUGCAUUAAAUUGUGGGAGGGAAAGGCUUCGCCAAAUGGUCAUGGAUGAUCCCACUGUGUUGAAAAAAUGGGUUAUUGGAGUACGAAUUGAGAGGCCACCCGAGAUGAAGAGGAUUUUAAAAGUUAAAAUUCUUAGAACUAAGUUUCUAUUAAACUUAGGCUUUGUUGAGAAGUCGAAGGAAAUGGAGAAGGCUAUCAAAGCAUUGCGGGGGAAAGCCGGAGAACUCCAAGAGAGGUUUGAUUAUUUGGUGAAUGCUGGAUUGAGUCGUCAGGAUGCCAUAAGGAUGGUGAAAGUAUAUCCUGAAAUUAUCAACCAGUCCACAGACUCUAUCGCAGCGAAAAUUGAUUGUUUUGUGAGGGAUUUGGGGUAUCCUUUGUCUGAUUUAGUGACUCAUCCGCGCCUUCUCUCUUAUACUAUUCCCAGGCUGAAGCUAAGGCUUCUGACGUAUAGAUGGCUCAAAAAUGAAGGAGCAGUGAAUCCAAACCUCACCUUGAGCUCUAUCUUCGCCUGCUCCAAUGAUACAUUUCUUAGGUGUUAUGUAAAGUCCCAUUCAGGAGGACGUGAAAUUUGGGAGAGAUUGAAGGAAGAAUUAUAUUCUCAUGAGUAGGAACAAUCAAAAGAAACGCGGAUUUGAUCGGAGCUUCAUUUGAAAACACAGUUGGCAGCAAAAUUAGGAUUUUGAGAAAUGCAGAAUCUUCUUUUGGGAGUUCAACCAGAUUUAUCCGGACAUCAAGUAACUGCAUAUUAAUGACUCAAAACAUGUUUAGCCUAGCAUAUUUUUGAGGAUUCAGAAGUGAAAAUGUUGGGUUGAAACAGUUGGGUUUCUUGCAUUUGAUCAGAUGUAAUUGCUCACUUGAGGGUUACUGGUGUUGCUACCGUGUUCUUCCGGAAAUAUUUUUGUCGUGCAAAGAAGAUCUGCGGCUGGAAUUCUGUUUUCUAUGUUAAUCCAAGAUUCAUGGAAAGCUCUGUUGUCAAGGUUUUCAGGCAGCCAGGUACUAACUGGCCCUUGUUGUCUUUGGUGGAGGCUCAAUUGGAUUGUGGCAGGAAAAGAAGGAUGAUGAUGCCAACAAGUAUGAUUUCUGAAAGAGAUAUGGACACCUCACCCAACAAAAGCAGCAAAGCAUUUAGGGGAUUGAAGUGAAGUGAUCAUCAUAAACUUCAGAGGUUAGUUACUUAUCUAUCCUUGUGACUCGGUGCAUUACAUGUUGUAUGAAAGUGAAAGAUAAUAUAAUUAUAGGAUAACAAACACAAACCAUUAUGUUGUUCUUAUGGAGUAGUACAAAUGAAUAGUAUGUAAUGCCCCUGUUGAAAUAUAACUAUGUAGAGAAA